GGAGGAGAAUGGGAAAGCGAAUGGAGGAGUUUUCAUUUCGGAUGGACGGCGUGUGCGUGUGUGUGUGAGGAGCUGGUGUUAGUGCGGUAUAUGAGUGUGUGUGUGAGAGAGAGAGAGAGAGAGAAAGUGUGUGUGAGUGAGUGAGAGAGACAGAGACAGAGAGAGAUGAGCCUGUAGUUGGAGUAAACACACACACGCGCGCGCAGCGAGGCGAGCGCGAGCGAUUCUUCAGGACUGGACUUUUAAUCAUGUCUACAAAUAAAGUCAAGAAAGUGAAAAUGGCCACUAAAUCGUGUCCGGAGUGUGACCAACAGAUUCCCGUAGCCUGUAAGUCCUGCCCGUGUGGCUACGUCUUCAUCAGCCGAAAGCUUCUCAAUGCAAAGCUGAGCGAGAGGUCGCCCCCUGGUUUAGAUAAACUGGACGCGAAGAGAAGACGGACAGAAAGAAUAAGAAAGGAGAAGAUCAACUUAACGUCUACUAAUGAUAUGGAAAACAGAAGGCGGUCCCGAACCAACAGCCAGUCGGAUCCGAUCCGGAGAGGGCGGGGCAGACCGAAGACAGUUGGCCUGAAGAAGCAGGAAGAGGAGAAAGAAAAACAGGAAAAGGAGGUCGACAUUUAUGCCAACCUGUCAGACGAGAAGGCUUUUGUUUUCUCCGUGGCCUUGGCUGAGAUCAACCGCAAGAUCCUGGGCCAGAGACUCAUCCUGUAGGGGGGAGGGGCUAAAGUGAAUGAUUGACGGGCAGAAAUCGGGACUACUGCAUGGACCUACAGGUGACCUAUGUGCCGGAGAGAGGAAGGGGAGGGGCUUUGGGACCCAGGAGGGCUUGGGACUGUCAGCGGGACGCUGUCGGGCAGGCAGGUGUUUGGAGCCACAUGGAGGCGCCUGGUCUGCAUAUUUGGAGGAGGGAGAACUGACUGUACUCUGAAAAAUAUGAUUCUGAACAUGGACAGUUUUAGGAGUCUUAUCUAUUUAUCAUUAAAAUCAGAUUUUAUGGAAUGUGUUAAAGGAAA